AUGACCAUUGUGGAGUGCAUCGGCUACUCACUGAUAGCGUUCGGGCCAUCGCUGGCUAUCUUCUGGGUAGUCGUUGCUGGCCAGCCGAGCCGGCUCGUUGUGUUCCUCGUCUCCGCGUUCUUCUGGCUCCUGUCGCUGCUACUGUCAUCUGUCGCCUGGUACAUCAUGCGAGAACUUUUCGAUGCGAUGUUCGUUGUUGGCUUGAUCACGUUUGUGUGUCUCCAGGAAUUGUUCAGGUAUCUGGCGUUUCGAACACUGCGUCAGGCCGAGAAUGCGCUGGAAGUGGUUAAUCUCGUCGGCAGUGAGCUCGACGUGGUUCUUUUCCGCUACCACUCUACGUACGCCUGCGUCUCCGGCCUUGGCUUUGGAGCUACCAGUGCAGCUACAGCGAUGCUCAACGUCCUCGCUGACGUGGCCGAUGGACCAGCUCAAUCGCUAACCAGCGUCUGCGUCUACAUGAACGCUGCUGGUGCGCUCCCGUCAUUUUCCACAGCAUUAUACGAGACGCACGCCUAA